AUGGUGAUUCGCCACGAUUUAGAAGGCUAUGAAAAAUUCAGCGAGUUCAUGAAAACCUUUGAGAGCAAAGGAAAAGCGGUUCACGUUUUGUUUUCCGGUACCAAGGACGACACUGGCGAAAGCUGGUGUGAUGAUUGUCAGAGAGCAUGGCCUGUGAUAGAGAAGGAGCUAGAAAAAGCUGACCCUGAGUCUUAUUUCAUCUAUGUUCAAGUUGGAGACAGGCCUACGUGGAAAGAUCCAAACUGUCGCUUUAGGAAGGACCCAAAAACCAAACUGUUAGUUCUGCCAACACUUAUGAGAUGGAACUGUCCACAAAGACUUGAAGGUGAUAAGUGCGAGAAAGAGGAACUAGUCUCUAUGCUUUUUACUUAUGAUGAAGAUGAUUGAACUAUUUUGUGCCCUAUAUAAAAUAAGAUGCAUACAUAUACUUGUAUACUUAAAAAUAAUCUGUGUACUGGUAGCAUUUGAAGUAUUAUAAAUAAACAGCCAGUCAAAAUAUUAAUCUAUGUAUUGAAAUAUUUUUUAAUUUUAGUAAAGCAUUAUACAUUUUCAAUAUUUC